AUUCCGAAAAUCCCGUCUAAUCAGAAGGAAGCGCGCGGCGCAUGAGUCUCUCCUGCGAAAUUCGCGGGAUAUAUAAUAUAAAAAAUGAUGCCAGUGUCGACAGUGGAUGCCGAAGUGAGAUCCCAGAAGGCACAUUUCCUAUUUCAAAGAAUCGAAUCAUUGUUACUGUGAUGUCUGGGGAAGUGACGAAUGAAGUUUCGGUACUAAACAGUUCCAAUUCGACGAAAAUUGACCAAUUUUAUUUCUACGAGGUAGAACAGUUCACAGUAUUAUGGUUGCUACUCAUUGUGAUUGUGGCAGGAAACUUGGGUGUAAUAUAUACUCUGUUGGUUGGAAGGUCAAGAAAGAGCAGGAUGAACUACUUCAUUACCCAUCUGGCUUUUGCAGAUCUGUGUGUAGGCCUAAUAAGUGUCCUAACAGACCUGAUAUGGAGAAGCACUGUAAGUUGGAAUGCGGGCAACGUGGCAUGCAAGUUGAUCAAAUUUCUGCAGGUAGUUGUAACUUAUGCGUCUACCUACGUACUUGUGGCCCUCAGUAUAGACCGGUACGACGCUAUCAGACAUCCUAUGAAGUUCUCUGGCAGUUGGAGGAGAGCAAAAUGCUUAAUUAUAGCUGCCUGGUUAUUCAGCGUUUUAUUUUCGAUUCCAAUACUGAUAUUAUAUGAAGAGAAAUCUGUUCAAGAUCAGCUACAAUGCUGGAUAGAAUUUUCGGAUCAGUGGAAAUGGCAGUUAUACGUGACAUUGGUCUCUAUAAGCGUUUUCGGCGUUCCGGCGAUCAUCAUCAGUGCUUGCUACGCCAUAAUCAUCGUCACCAUUUGGACGAAAAGCGCCGCAACCUAUCAAGUUUACAAAAAGAAAGGAAACGAUGGUCGGAAAGGUUCCGACAAUUCGAAACGAGCCAGCUCCAGGGGGCUCAUACCCAGGGCCAAGGUGAAGACCAUCAAGACUACCUUUACCAUUGUUUCCGUUUUCAUCAUUUGCUGGAGCCCCUACAUGCUCUUUGAUCUCCUCCAGGUGUAUGGCCAAAUACCUCAAACUCAAACCAACAUUGCAAUAGCGACUUUCGUGCAAAGUUUAGCACCUCUCAAUUCUGCAGCAAACCCCAUCAUUUACUGCAUAUUUUCCACUCAUUUUUGUCGAAAUUUUUGGUUACUACCGCCAUGCAAGUGGAUCUGCAAGAAGAAAAAACGCAAACCGAGAGAUUCGACAGUGACCACUCAGAGCAGCAGCUUGUCUGAAUUUUUGACAAAUACCCACAAGAAAAGGAUAGAAGGGUCUACCAACAUUGCACAAACAGUAUUAAUACAUGCCAAAAAAUAAAUAUGAUGGUUUAUAAUUAUUGUAUAGUGUAUUUUAAGAUGAAAAUAAAAAGUACCAAAAAUA